AUGACGUUAAAAAUUAUGCGUACCUUCCUGGGAAAUUUUACUCCUCAAUGCCGACGGCUUUGUUCUCAAGUCCAUAAGUCCUCAGUGGACACAGAAGAAGCUCUGCAUUCCCUUAACAUGCUAAGAGUCCCGUGGAUCUUGCAAAAUCUAAGCAAGAAAAAUGCUGAGGUCGUCGAUAUUGGAUGUGGUGGCGGGUUGUUGUCUUUGCCGUUAGCCCGUGUUGGAUUGCGUGUUGUUGGUCUUGAUGCGACUAUGGACACUGUGAUUGCUGCUCGUGAAGCGCUCGAGUCACGUCCUUUGCAGCUUACUGGCGUAUCUAAGAGAAUAACCUAUCAUUGUGGAACAGUCGAGAACUUCUCUAAAGAACAUGAACGGGGAUUUGAUGCUGUUAUUGCAUCAGAGAUUGUUGAACAUGUAGCGGACCUCGACACUUUUUUGGAAGGAUGUGUUCGCUUGGCGAAGCCUGGCGCUCCUCUGUUUUUCACGACAAUUAAUAAAACGUUAGCCAGCCGGUUUCUCGCAAUCUGGAUUGCAGAGGAUGUGUUGAACUUUGUUCCACAAGGAGUCCAUCAAUGGGAAAAAUUUGUUGAGCCUUGCCGUUUAUCUGAAUCCUUGAGUCGAUAUGGAUGUACUGUUAGGCUCAUAAACGGUUUCACGUACAAUCCUCUCACAAAUUACUGGUCUUGGAUUCCAUCGACUGCUGUUAAUUAUGCAUGUGUCGCCAUCAAAAAUUAA